CCGUCUGUGGAGCAACUGUGGGAACCGCCAUAUACCAAGCAACGGCAAGGAGGAACUCAAUGCGUUUUCUCGGAUAGUUGGAGGUCAAGAAGCCAAAGCAAACUCUUGGGGGCAACAGUGCAGUCUCAUAUUCUAUGGUAGCCAUCAAUGCGGGGGAAGUUUGAUCCGAAACGCCGCUGGUGUAUGGUUCUUUGUUACCGCUGCCCAUUGCACUGAGGAAUACAACAGUCGGACUUUCGACUAUGACAUCGCAGUUUUACAAGUGGCAACCCCACUUGAACAGAGCAAUAAAAUCUGGCCCAUUUGUCUUCCUUCAAGAGACGUAAAUGAUGGCGAAAAGGGCAUUGUUACAGGAUGGGGAGCUAUUUAUCAAGAUGGACCUAUUUCCAACAAACUGCUACAGGUAGUGGUACCUGUGAAGCCAGACAACACUUGCAAUCAGCGCUACCCCUUUCAAAUCACCAAUCGCAUGUACUGCGCCGGGUACACCAAUGGACAAAAAGACUCUUGCCAGGCUGACAGCGGCGGUGGUUUGAACUACCUCAGAAACAACAAAUGGGAACUCGGCGGUAUUGUGAGCUGGGGAUAUGGAUGCGCUCAAAACUACAAUCCAGGAGUGUACGCUAACGCCCGCGUUCUCCUCAGCUGGCUUGAAGACAAAAUAAGAGACAUUGCGUAACUUUGGAUAUAUGCAAAUGAUCUGGAUUAACCUGUAUUUUUAGCAUCAUUUUGUAAAAGUUAUAUAUCUAUCAGCAGUCUACUUCAAUCUUUGCUUUCUGGAACAGUAGUAGUAGUAAUAGUAGUAGUAGUAGUAGUAGUAGUAGUAGUAGUAGUAGUAGUAGUAGUAGUAGUGGUAGCAGUAGUAGUAGUAGUAGUAGUAGUAGUUCCAAAACUCUACUGACGAAUUGCGCAAAAUAAAGAGAAUGCAAAAUAA